AGCCUCGCUGACAAGCGACACGAAAUAUUUAAGAUGCUGAGAUUCAGAUACAGUAUUUCUCCAUCAAGGAAGCCAGUCAGAGUUUCUAUACCUUGUGAAGAAAAGGCUGAGGAUUGCCUUUUUGUUAAAUACAAUCCACCUGUACGGGUUGAAAAGAAAGCUUACUUGGAAAAUGAACCCGAAUCCAAAGACCACGUAUGCCCAGACUCCCAAAGAGUAUCAAUGUCAGAUAUCCCUAUUGACUAUUGUAAAAUGAUGGUCUCCACCGACAAGCCAGCGGAUGAAAAAGUUGUAAAAUUGCUCACACAGGAGUUUCCGAUGCGUGUUAAACGAGUGGGAGACGAUCUGUACGCUUCCACGGUGCGGGAGACUCAGGCCUCUCCCAUGGAAUUGGUGAGUCUUUUAAAUGACCUGCGAAUGACUCUCUGCCAACGAGCAGCCAGAACACGUCCUCCAUGUCAUGUUCGUGAGGAAACUCUCCAUUGUCUUGCAAGAGAACUGCUCAGACAGCUUAUAAUUGAGUGUCCAGAGAGGGGCCUGUUGUUUAAACAAGUUUUGGAGGAGCAUUACAAUAUUAUUGAAUCGUACACAGUUCUGAUGCAACACAAUGAUGCUUUUAUGUGUCGAAAGAAUCUGCAGGCCUUUCACAUCAAAAGCGCUCAGCUUACAAAAAUUCAGUACUUAGAGGAUGAAAUAGACGUUUUAAGACACCAGGCAAAGGCAUUGAAGGAGGCUGCAGAGCGAUUGGAAAAGAAGUAUCAGGAGGAGCGAAUUAUAGUUCAAACUCAAAGACAAAAUGAAUUGCGCUACCUCCGUCAGUUGGGUGAACAACUUAAGGUUAACAUUCGUACAGUUAUUUUUAUGCCUCAUUCCUGUUUUAUCGGCCCUCUUACGACCAUUUUUAACACGUACUAUUGCAAUAUCGCCAAUUGUGUUUCUUCACGACUUACUUAA